CUAGAGUGAGUCAGAGUGAAAGUGAUCAGCAGUACUUCGAACCUUGGCUUACUUACUGGUGGGAGGUAUUUGGCCAUCAUUGUCGUUCCUGUUUGAAAAUAAGCGACAUCGGAAACGCAGAGAAUGUCAUAUCCAGGAUACCCACCCUCUGGUUUCCCUCCCUCCUACCCUGGAUAUCCUCCUCAGGGCAGUGGUGAUCCUUCUUUUCCCGGUGCAGGCCAGUACCCCUAUCCUGGGGGGGCUCCAGGAGGCUACCCCCCCAUGGGUGGAGGAGCUUACCCACAAGCCCCAGCAGGGGGGUACCCUGGAGCUGGGGGAUACCCCGCACCGCAAAUGGCUGGUGGAUUCCCUGCGCCAGGGGGCUACCCCCAGGCACCUGCUGCAGGUGGAUACCCAUCUUACCCUGGAGCUCCCGCAGGCCCAGGGUAUGGAGCCCCUCCAGGAGCUCCAGGCUACGGGGGUUACCCACAACAGGCUCCCCAGGGCUACGGAGGCGGACAGAUGCCUCAGCCAGGAUACCCAGGUGGACCUAUUCCAGGUCAGCCCCCAGCACCUGCCCCAGGACCCGGCCACGCCCCUGCACAGAUGUAUUAUGGAGGCACACAGUUUGUUGCCUGGGAGGAACCCCAAAGGAGUUAUGAGCAGCCAAUGAUGGGAAUGCCAGCCUAUGAGGGCACAAUCAAGCCGACCCCCAACUUUAAUGCUGAAAAAGAUGCAGAGAUCCUGCGGAAAGCCAUGAAGGGAUUUGGGACGGAUGAGCAAGCAAUCAUUGACGUUGUUUCCCGUCGUACCAAUUCAGAAAGACAGAAGAUCAAAGCUAUGUUUAAGACAUUGUAUGGGAAGGAUGUCAUUAAAGAUCUGAAGUCUGAGCUGAGUGGAAACAUGGAAGAAGUCAUCCUUGCACUGUUCAUGCCUCCCACAUACUUUGAUGCUUGGAGUUUAAGGCAUGCAAUGAAGGGAGCAGGGACGCAGGAGAAUGUUCUCAUUGAGAUCCUCUGCACCAGAGACAACAAGCAGAUCAGGGACAUUGUGCAGUGCUACAAUACAGAGUUCCAAAGGGAUCUCGAGAAGGACAUCCGGAAAGACACCAGUGGACAUUUCGAGAGGCUGCUCAUCUCUAUGUGCCAGGGCAACAGGGAUGAGAACCAGACUGUAAACCUCCAGAAAGCCCAGGAAGAUGCCCAGCGCUUGUACCAGGCAGGAGAGGGCAAACUGGGCACCGAUGAGUCCAGCUUUAACAUGAUCCUGGCCACUCGCAGCUUUCCACAGCUGAAGGCUACAAUCGAGGCUUAUGCAACGAUUGGUAAACGGCAAUUAGAGAGUGCCAUUGACAAGGAGUUCUCUGGCAGUGUGGAAUCUGGCCUGAAAGCAAUUGUGAAAUGCGCCCAGAAUCGCCCAGCGUAUUUUGCUGAAAGACUGUUCAAGGCCAUGAAGGGAGCUGGCACGGAUGACUCUACUCUCUCUAGAAUUAUUGUCACCCGCAGCGAGAUUGACCUUGUGCAGAUCAAACAGGCCUACAUGCAGAUGUACCAGAAGACUCUCCACACAGCGGUUCACGGGGAAACCAGCGGAGACUACAGGAAACUGCUUCUGGCAAUUGUUGGACAAUAAACAAUUGGUCGAGCCCAGUCCUGCUAUAUUUUAUAAUCAUUUCUGGUUGUGUUUCAUAUAAAGGAUUUCAACAAUUAUUAGUAAUUCCUAGUGUGUGUACCAGAAUGAAGACAUUUCAGUAAUUGGAGCAGACACAUUGAUUAUCUCAUUAGUGCUUUUCUUUUGUAUUACUUAAAAUAACUUUUUGUAGAAUUCUUUUUGGUAACAUAUAUAAUGUUCUGGUGCCAAACUUAUGUUUAUCAGCUUUCUUUCUCAUUGCAUUUUGUAUUAGAGCCCGAGAAGCAGGUAGUAUGUGUUCUUGGUUAAUGAUUUAGCCCACAUUUAUAUUUGCUUGUAACAAUCAAAGUAUGUGCCACAGUUGAUAGUGACAAUUACUGUACUCUAUGCAGUCUAAAAAUGUAUAUGAAUGUGAUGUUACAUACUUUACAUUGAUAUUGCCUUAGCAAGAUAUAAACCAAGUUAUAUGUGCCUGUAUACAAAUUUAAUUACAAUGCAUUAAAGUGAUUGUGCUAAA